GUGAAAAAUACUACCUUAUAAAUUCUGUAAAUUGCGUACAAGUACUAUCCCACCUUUCGACGUGAGGUAAAAUUAUGUGUAGUCCAGCAUGACGGCGUGUACGAAAUGUUACUGGGAAGUGGUUCUUCUACUACUAACAGUAUUUUUAGAUGAAUCAAAUGCCAAGGCGUGUACUAAUGGUUCCAGCGCCGUAGCUGACUGUCUGCACACUUACCUAGAGCGCGAUUUUCCUUCCAUCGAAGCUAUCGUCUUCCCUAAAAAUCAAGGUCAAACAGACCACGUUUUGCUUUUGGAUGGGCCCGAACUCGCAGAUCAAUGCCAUCGCAUUGGCGAAGUUGUCGAGUGUUUAGAAGCCCUGCAAACCGAAUGCUAUUACUACGAAGAUUUUUUCCCCUUCCGUCAUUUGGUAAGAUCCCUCCGCAGAUCCAUCGACUGGGUGUGUACUCCUGAGCAUCUUCGUAGUCGAUUUCGGACAUUGCUUAAUGCUUUCAACUGCUUGGAGACGGCCCGUCAGAAAGCCAGUUCUAAAGGUCAUCCUUGUUUCAAACCUAACAUUCCAGUGAAUAUAUGGCAAAGAAUAAUUCGACUUCAAAGUGGCAGCGAAGUCUGCCAGUCGUUGACUGCUCACGUGAACUGCACCCAAAGAUACACAGUCAACUGUCCAAAAGAAGCACAGUCCGUCUAUAAAGAAUUGAAUCAAUUGUUUUUGAAUUCAUGGUGCACGCCUUCACAAAUGCAUACAAGAAGUUGGGCGGAGUCAUCUCUUUCAUCCAGCGUUCUACUUUUAACAACAGCCUUAGCGCUUGUCAAAGUGCAAAGAUAUUUAAUAUAAAGUAUGCAAAAUACAAGGAAUGGAAUACGUA